CUCAAAGAAAAAAAAAUAAUAAAAUUGCCGCUUUUAUGUAAACAUUUGCAAUUAUAUUGUGCAUUCACUGUCUGUUGUGUUAUAUAUAGCCUAUCUCCUUACUCUUUCGUAUAAAUAACAUCUACGAACAAAAAUCAAUAUCCACCCUACUAUCUGUACUCUUCUAACUGCCAUUAAAGCGAAAACGAAAAUUCUUCUGUACAUAUCACAACCAUUCACAAUAGUGCGCAUUUAUCAAAAAAUUUUUCCUACACUAUUAAAUUCACAUUUUUAUAUCCAAAAUGGCCGUAUAACAUCAAUGAGAUAUACACUGUGACUGUCUGCCGCGUAUUUUUCAUUUUAAUUUUUGCUCAUAAAAAUUCCAAUUAAAAUAUUGUGUAAAUUAUAAUCACAAUUAAUUAAACAAUCUAUUGGUUAUUUCACAGAGUGAUUUAAAAUUUUCAUUAAGUGUAUGAAAAUAAUACAAAAAAAAAAUCUAUUGUGAACGGUGGAAUGUUGUUGUGUCUAUUUACAGGGUUCACAAUUGACACGAGAAUAAUUUAUUUGCAAAAAAUUUUAUUUAAAAGAUAUUAAAAACUUUUAACAAGAACAAAAAAAAGUGCUCAAAACUUUGCUCAAAAGUAAAAUUGAAAAGAAAAAGACAUAAUAUAAAAUGGAUGAAGAUAUUAAUAUGCCAGAGUCUUCGUCAUUCGGAGGAGACAACGAACAAGAAAACACCCAUGAAGAAGGUGCUGUCAGUAAUCCCGCCACCAGCGACGACCAUGACGACGCUGCUGCUGCUACAACUCACACCGAUGCCGUUGAUAAUGGCGGCGAUGGUGGUGAUGAGGAGGAAGAGGAUAACACAAAUAUGAGCGCCGAUGAUGGCGCUGUGGAAAUGUUGCAAGAACAUGUUUAUAGUAACGACGACGAGGAAGAAGGCGCCGCCGAUGACACGUCCAAAAUCGGUUUAGCGCCAGAACCGAAUAUCGACGAGAAUACAAUCUUGUUGCCAGUAGCUGGAGAGAAUGGCUUCUCCGGGGAAGAGACAGCAAUCGGCUUUAAUGCAAGUGACUUUCUACAGGAAGAAGAAGAUGUCAUAGAUCCGAUGGCAACGUUGGCAAGUCGUCGGGAGGAGAAAAUCAUCUCCCAGGUGCCGAAAAAGCGACGAAUCCCCGACGCUGUGAGAUAUGACGACGACGACGAUGAUUCGCCUGAGCGGAACCAGAAACGUCGUGGAAGGAAGCCCGGAACAAAGGUCAUAAAUGGACAAGUCAUCUACCCAUCCGACAAGCAUGGAGGAGAUUCCUCAAAGAGAGGAACUCCCAGAACGACGACACUAUCCGCCAAAUCGACUUUACCCAAAUUCACCCCGAAGCCAGUUAAAGGAGCAAAGGUUUCUUUGGGUCAAGUGGAUGAAAAUCAAUGCCGAGUCUGUACGACAACUAAAGACCUGGUGAGCAUCUUCAAGAAGGAAUACCAGAAGACCUAUGCCGAGAAGUUGAUGGCUAUUUGUCCGCUGGUUAACAUCCAGCGAAAGGACUUUUUGCCGCAGUUUAUUUGUAAGAUCUGUUUAAGCAGUGUCAAUGCUGCCUUUGCUCUGAAGGGUCAAUGCGAGCAGACAGACGCAGAGUUGCGAGUGGUGCUGGAAACAUCGAUCAAAAAGACCAGAAAAGUAACGAACUAUGCGCUAGAUAGUGAUCCGGAAGACAUUCCUGAUGCCCCGCAAGACCAGGACUUUAACUUGUCCGAUGCUUCGCCACCUUCAGCCGAAGAAACGGAUUCCGAUGUUCCAUUAUUGAAGAAACGACCUCGUCGUGGUUCACGGAAGUCGAGGUCAAGCAAGAUCAAGUCCGAGAAGACGGAAAAGAAGUUGAAGUCACCGGCAAUUAAGAAGGAAUCGCCUCUAAAGAAGGCCAUUAAACCAGAUCCGGACUUGAACGAUAGCAAGAAUUCAGAACUGGAUGGAGAUCCGACAGCACCGUCUGGCGCUGCAGCUGGAGACUUUAGCAGCGGCAGUGAGGAGAACUACUCACCUCCCAAACGACGACGUGGAAAGGGAAAGAAAUCAAAGUCAUCUGAAGACAGACCACCCGUAAAUCUGACAUGCAACGUUUGCAAUGAGACCCUUAACUCUCGGGAAGAACUGAGGGACCACAAAAAGCAAAAUCAUUCCAGCUUUGAUUGUGAGUUGUGUGGCCGGAAGUUUAAGAUGCAGAGCAGUCUAAAGACCCACAUGGAAAAGCACACGAGCUUGAAGAUUCUCAAUUGUGAGCCAUGCAAUAUGCACUUUCCCAACAAGACUGAACGUCGAAGACACAUGCAGGAAGCGCACAAGGACACUGUUGCACAGUUUAGUUGUGAGAAGUGCAAGAGGGCAUUUACCAGUGAGACACGGUUGCAAAAGCAUACCGAAUCGAAUUGUCCUGGAUUCGAUACAUCACAGAAGAAACGAGGUGAUUUGGAAUCACUGUCAAUGGGCAAGGAUUUGUUUAAAUGUGUGGCACCACUUACGACGACUUAUUGGAGUGAUAGUUUCUCUGAUUAAAGAAGGAAUGCGAGCGAUUUUGUAGGUUAUGUUUAAUUAUAUAAUUUUUUAAUUUCUAUUCUAUUUUUUUGGCCAAAAGUGUGGUAAUGUCGUAUGAAUUUUUUUUUUUGAUGCAAGUAAUCUUAAAAAAAAGACGAUAAACGAAUAAAGUUUUAUGAUAAUGAGCGAUGAUAAUA